AUGAUCCCAGAUGUGACCGCUGAACUUGAUCGAAUUUUCACAUUCUCGGAUUUUUAUGAUAACACAUGCUAUCUUAGUAGACUCAGCGACAACACGCCAGUAACUAUUAAAACGUACAAACCUGCCAGUUCCUUCAACAAACAGGAUAAACUGAGGCAGAAAAAGCUGAUGCAAGAUAUGGCUAGCGCAUGGGCUAAGUGCAGGCAUCCAAAUAUAGUUGAGUUAGUGGGAAGAGCAACGUUCAAGAAGCGACCAGCUAUAGUUUUUAAAGGCGAGCUGAGUGACCGUAUACUUUAUCAAUUAAAAUACGCCUCGACGGUAGAUCCCUACGAGCUACCUUUAGUCAGUCGACAGGCAUCCAGGUCAGUUUCCGAGGAAGGCAGUCCCACGUUUGCGGACGAUGUUUAUGCUCUUGGCACGGACGCUGGCAAAGCUCCCCCAAGGCCAGUAAAUAUGAUACCAGGAAAAGAUGCCGGAGAUCACGUUUGGGACAUCUUGUGUAAAUGCUGGUUGAACAAUUCCGCAAAUCGUCCUUUAGCAACAGAUGUCUGUGAUGUUAUGCGCUCAGUUUAUCAUAGUUCAAGUGAAACAUUGUUCGCUUGUUCAACUUUCGAGUGGUCUGACACCUACUGUUUGGCAGUCGGCCCGGUGUUCAAGGUGUUUAAUCUCGUGGUGAAGGAAAAUACGACGGUGUUAGAUCUGGUCGGAUACUUUGAAAAGUAUGACCUAGUGAACUAUACAGACUUACUCCACCAGCAUCACAUUGAAACUGCUAUGCCCUUUGCUGACGGAGCACUCGCAAACAUAUAUAAAGUCAAGGUUUCGAGGACACGGUACCUUGCCGUCAAGUGCGUAAAGCAUGAAACCCCAUACAAGAAGCUCAAGCGUGCUGCCCGGGAGUUAUCCUGUUGGUCAUCUUAUAAACAUGAAAACAUUCUGCCUAUUCUCGGUUUUGCUAUUGUAAAGGGCGAUUUGGCUAUGGUCUCACGGUGGAUGAAAAAUGGAUACGUAACGGAAUAUGUUGUUAACAACCCAAACUGCGAUCGAUCUGGAUUGUGUAUUCAACUUGCCAAGGCAAUUUCUUACCUUCAUAAAAACGAUAUAAUACAUGGAGAUAUCAAAGGCCCCAACGUGCUAAUCUCGGAUAAUGGUGUGGUCCAAAUCACGGACUUUGGGGUAUCAGUUAUGGACCACCAAGAAAUCAAGUUCAGCUCUACCUCGAGCCGGGGUGGUACUCAACGAUGGCUGGCACCCGAAAUUCUACUAGGACAAACCAAGAGUACAAAAGAAGCGGAUGUGUAUGCUCUGAGCAUGACGAUGAUUGAGAUAUAUACCGGAGAGCAACCAUAUGGCUCAAAAAACUGGUUGCAGCUGAUGGUACCAGUCGUGAAUGGUGAACUGAGACCAUCCCGUCCGGUCAUGCUCCCCCCAGAUAUAUUUGGCUAUAGGGUCUGGCGACUCAUGAAUCAAUGUUGGUUAGAAAACUGGAGCGCUCGGCCGACUUCCAAGGACGUUUAUGAAAGGCUUUGCAAAUACAAUUUCAUCAAUACAGUACCUCCUGGACCACAACCAGAUUCGGAAAAACUUAUAGCAUUAUCGAACAAGAUUGGAGUCGUAGUCAAGCAGAGAGCAAUUGCCCUUUCUAAGAGAGGCAGUACCACAGCAACUCAAGGUCUUAAAAGUGCUCCCGCUAAGUUUGUUGAAUCCAUUUUGGAAGGGAUCGAUGGCGCGUAUAAGGGCUCUUAUGGUUGGCUCAUAUUUACUCAGAAAGAAAGUACGGUUCAGCACCAGUCAGGGGAUAUUAUACCUGGAGAUAUUGUGGUAAUGACGGAUGUUGUCUUCAAGAGGCGUAGAUUUGGUGGGCUGGAAUCGCGCACAAUAUCGGUAUCUGGAGAGCUGUUCGGUGUGUUGGGGGAAUUCGAGCCCAAAAAGCGCAAGCUCAAGGUUUGGAAUCCUUUUUCAUGGCCAAUGAUAUAUGCUCCCGACGAGCCGGUGAGCUAUUGCUUGGAUGACUUGAAGAACGGAGUUGUCCAAACUUCUUUUCAACAGGAAAUGGAUUUGACCUCCUUGCUCGAUUUAAAGGCUUUAACUAAAUACCCAGUAGACAGUGGUGGUUCCUGUGAUAUCUACCGCGGACGACUCUAUGAUGGACCAAUAAUAGCGCUCAAAACUACGAGAGUCUCUCAGACCCCCAAUAACGACAGUAAUUUGGAUUCACAAAACAUGCAGAGGAUUAUCGGUAUUUGGAAGGAAUGUAAACAUCCUAAUGUCGUGCAUCUGAUAGGAGGGACAACACUUCGAGGCAGUCUCGCUGCAGUAUACGGAUGGGUUGAAUAUGGAGGUGUGAUUGAGUACCUCAAACGUCAUCCAGAGGCAGAUCGAUAUCGAAUAUGUACCCAAAUAUGUGAAGGAUUGGUCCACUUGCACACGAACGGAAUUAUACAUAAUAGCCUGAAAGGUACCAACAUACUGGUGUCAGGAAGUGGUGUUCCUCAGAUACGCUUAUCACUACUCACGUCUACGAGCUGGGCCAGUGAUGGGAUAGAUAGCAAAUUUCCUGGGCCGAGUAUACGUUGGGCGGCGCCCGAGCUGCUAUUAGCGGAGUCUGGAGGCACAUUCGCGAGUGAUGUUUAUGCACUUGGUAUGACAGUUUUGGAAACGAUGACUAUGGCGAUUCCGUACCCAGACACAAAAGAUCCACAAGUUUUAAUGAAAGUCAUGAAUCAAAGUCUUCCCUCGAGGCCACGAGAUCAUAUACCAGAUACGCCGGCUGGGAACGCCCUCUGGAAUUUAAUGUGCACCUGUUGGUCCUUUAACCCGGCAAACCGACCAAGUGCAGCCCAUGUUCGCGAUGCCAUCCAAACCAUAUAUGCAGGCACGAGCAGAAGUUUGGCGCUACACGACCCGAUAUUUAAUAUAGCUAUGGACCCUCCUCGACUCGUAGUUACUGAAGACACGCAAAUACAAGAUCUUAUAACAUACUUUGUGAAGCGCGGACUCAAAGACUAUACAGAUGACCUAAAGUCAACCAACAUCACUAUCACGGCGCCAUUUGCAGAUACGGCGCUAGCAAAUGUUUAUAAACUCAGCUUGUCGAAUCGGCAAUCAAUCGCGGUCAAAUGCGUAAAGCAUGUCACCCUAUACAAAAAGCUCAAGCGUGCCGCCCGAGAACUUUCUUGUUGGUCAUCCUACAAACACGAAAACAUCCUCCCGGUUCUUGGAUUUGCUGUGGUCAGAGGAGAUCUUGCAAUGGUAUCCCCUUGGAUGAGUAAUGGAUGCGUAACCGAGUAUGUGACAAGAAAUCCAAGUUGUGAACGGCUUCGAUUGGGUAUUGAACUCACUCACGCCAUCGUCUAUCUCCAUGGGCAUAACCUUGUGCAUGGGGACAUAAAAGGCGCCAAUGUAUUGGUUUGCGACGCAGGCAGAGUCAAAGUCACGGACUUUGGUGUGUCAAUUAUGGAACACAAAGAAGUGGAGUUUUCAGCAACUUCGGCGGCUCGUGGUACUCAGCGAUGGCAGUCCCCAGAAAUCCUGCUUGGUGAUAGCGAUAGUACUAAAGAAGGGGAUGUAUACGCGCUGGGCAUGACCUUAAUUGAAAUUUACACAGGAGAAUCUCCAUACGGCUCGAUGAAUUGGACCGGCAAUGUGAUGAUCAAAGUGAUGAGUGGACAACUGCGACCAUCCCGUCCGAUCGCGCUACCACCUAAUAAUUAUGGAAACAAACUCUGGGAAAUCAUGAACCAGUGUUGGGCUACACGUCCCAACGAACGGCCGACUUCUGAACAAGUUUACGAAAGGGUACGUAGAUUUAACAAACGUUCUCUUAGUGCUGCUCAAUCUCAUGAGUGGAUAGCUAAAGGAGAUCUAGAAUGGAAGAGGUCCCUUCUCGGUCGCUUUGACUUUGUUACUUUGCAUGGGUGGGACGUGGCAGGGGUGCAUAUACCUAAGUUAGGAUUCGAUUUAGUUGCUUUGUUGACUUCCCAUUCUUCCGCCGUUUUGUCUGCUCCUAAUGACGGUUUUAGUCAUGGGAUCAUUUGA